GCCUACUUUUUGUGUUGUGUUGUUGCCAGUCUAAUGCUUUUCCUGAUUAAAGAAUAGUUAGUAGAUCACUAACACUUUUCAAGAUGCCCCACAGUAUCUCCAGUUCUCACUUACGUGGAGUUCCAUGGGAUAUUUCCUUCUCUGGAUCUGGAUUCCUGGCUACCUAUCAGCUGGGGGCUGUUCUGUGCUUCUUGAAGUAUACACCCUGGAUUCUGCAGUCAGCACCCCACAUUCUCGGUGCCUCUGCCGGAUCUGUGGUAGCAGCCGCUGUUGUCUGUAAAAUCAAUCCAACUACCAUUCGGGAUGAGAUUAUUCUUUUUGUCAAAACUGCGAUGGCUUUCCCACUUGGACCACUGAACCCCUCGGUCAAUGUUUUCCAGUGGUUGGAAAGUGUUUUGCGCAAACAUCUUCCUUUGGAUGCACACCAUUUUGCAAGUGGCCGCCUUGGUGUUGCUGUGACGCGUCUGUCAGAUGGGAAGCACCUAAUCAUGUCAGAAUUUCAGUCCAAAGAAGAUGUAGUGGAGGCUUUGCUGUGUAGCUGCUUUGUACCUGGAUAUUGUGGUUUUUUGCCGCCAACCUUCAAAGGAGUUCACUACAUAGAUGGUGGCUUGAGUGGACUCCAGCCCUUACAGUCUGAGGCGUGCAGCCGCACAUUGACUGUGUGCCCAUUCUCUGGAGAAGCUGAUAUCUGUCCAGUUGAUCCUCCGUGUAUGAUGGAACUGGUGGCUACUGGAACCAUUCUUAAGUUCAACAUGGCUAACAGCCUCAGAAUCCUCAAUGGUCUUUACCCUGUGACUUUAGAGACUGUAGAACAAGCCUUCCAUGCUGGCUACAAAGAUGCUAUCAACUUCCUUCACAGCAAUGAUGUUGCCCUUGCUAUGGUAGGUCACCGUGUGCUCCAAGGGUCCUCGAACUAUAACCCAGCCAAUCCAAAGAUGGAUCUGAAGACAUCCAAACUGGAAGAGCAGGAGAUGAAAGGAGGAGAACAAACCAACCUGAAAACGUCUUUAGAAGAUCACAGAUCCAUGCAAAUGUUCAACUCCACUGUGGAAGAACCCACUGUAGAUCCUUUGUAUCAUUUUGACUUGAUGAAGAAGGUUUUGAUGGGGAAUGUGACAACUUACCUAAGUAUGUUUGGGUUACCUGUGAGGAUCCUUUCCAAACUGCUUCUAUCUGUUGUGGGGUCAUUUUAUGCCACGCUUCAAAGUGAACAAAGACUGAAGCUGCUGUUCAAAGAAAUCCCUGAGGUUCUUGUUUGGAGUUGGUACUUUAUGAAACAUGCUGGACUUUUCUUCCUCAGCAUUGUCGUCUGUAGCCUAAAGAAGCCUAUAGAAGACCGGUUAAUGCAGAUCAUCUUGCUGCUCAGCUGGCCAAAGGCAGCAUGAAACCCUGUGAGAGCAGAAGAAAUGAUCACUUUCUGAUAUACUUUUUACAUUCAAAAGGUAUUACCUAUCAGUACCUCUCAUCGGAUUCAGUCAACCUCCUUUUCUAUAACCGUCUAUGGCCAGAACAUUCCCCUUUCUUGUACAGUGAGUAACAUCAGUGUAAGAUUCGACUCUCAACUGUAGUUUAGUAGCUUUAAGUAAUUUGUAUGUGCUUAGGACUAUUUUAUCUGUACACACAAACUCCACGUUUCCUUAAAAAAUUUAAUAUACACUCAAAUUGAAUUUGACAUUUCAUCCACAGGAGCUCUCCUUUUUCAUUUCACUUGCAAUUGCUUCACCAUAUUUUAGAUUUAGUCAAAAUAAACUCUUAUUCCCAGGCUUAGUGAGCCAGCUUUGGGGAACAAUGAGUGUUUUCACAACCUUGCUUAUUAUUUUGAUUUUGUGUUUAUACAAAAUCUUCCCACAGAUGUGUGAAGGUCUCCUCAGAAAAAACAAAACACAUUUAUUAAAGCUAAUAGUCUAUUGUUGUUGAGUUUAAUGAAUCGUGAAUGUGUCAAAGUUUGAAUGUAAACCUGCUUUAUAUUCAGUGGAAUAAAUAGAUCUUUAAUACCA